AUGGCAGGACAUCUGGGCAAUGACGAGGUAUGGGAGAGUUGUCAAGUUAUCAAGGCUGCACUGACACCAGACAGUUCUUCACUCAACUCGCAUCAUUGAUCUCGAAGACGCAAGAAAAGGGCCAUGGAUCCGUAUACCUCACACAGAAGCGAUGUAUGGGCCGUGCAAAUGACUUCUGGCAUCCUGCAGACUGACACGGGAUCAGUAACAUUCGACACAUCGGCCUCAUCUCCUCCCUCGGCCAAGAAAGUUGCAGACGACCCAUUAUGGGAUACGCACCCACUCAAUCCACUUCCUCUGAUCGUUCGCGCAACAGACGGAAAGUCACAAUCGAAAGACAGAAAGAGAAACAAGGACAAAGUAAAGCUGUCAACAGUCGUACAGCCAGAUGACCUUGACCUGUUCUUUGCACGAUAUGCGGAGGUUUGCAAGGCAGGAAUGCAAAGCUUGAAGAAGAGAGACAGGAGCAAGCGGAAGAAGGACAAGAGCAAGAAAUCGAAGGGCAAGGGAAGUGUUGCGGUGCAUGAGGGAAAAUGA